CCUAGGGAGUAUAUAUAUUCAAACAUUCAUGGGUGACAGGCAGACAUUUUUCUCCUUUUCGUUAAAAUAAAAUAAAACACCAUAAAGGUGCCAAAGAGAAAUAAUACAGGGGGAACAGGGCGAAACCAGCUCAAAACGCAGAAACUGAUCGCUCAUCGUCGUCGUCGUUGUGUAAUCUGCAAGAGAAAAUAAGAAAAUGGCAGAUGGUGAGGAUAUUCAGCCCCUUGUCUGUGACAAUGGGACAGGAAUGGUUAAGGCUGGAUUUGCCGGAGACGAUGCUCCCAGGGCUGUGUUCCCAAGCAUUGUUGGACGCCCUCGUCACACAGGAGUGAUGGUUGGUAUGGGGCAGAAGGAUGCAUAUGUUGGUGAUGAAGCCCAAUCGAAAAGAGGUAUUUUGACUUUGAAGUACCCAAUUGAACAUGGAAUUGUCAGCAACUGGGAUGACAUGGAGAAAAUAUGGCAUCAUACCUUCUACAACGAACUGCGUGUGGCUCCAGAGGAGCACCCGGUGCUUCUCACAGAAGCUCCUCUUAACCCAAAGGCUAAUCGUGAGAAAAUGACACAGAUCAUGUUUGAGACCUUUAACACCCCUGCCAUGUAUGUUGCUAUUCAGGCAGUUCUUUCCCUUUAUGCUAGUGGCCGUACAACAGGAAUUGUACUGGACUCCGGAGACGGAGUCAGCCACACAGUGCCUAUCUAUGAAGGUUAUGCUCUUCCACAUGCAAUUCUGCGUCUUGAUUUGGCUGGGCGUGACCUCACUGACCACUUGAUGAAGAUACUGACAGAGAGAGGGUACACUUUCACCACUUCUGCGGAGCGUGAAAUUGUGAGGGACGUGAAGGAGAAGCUAGCCUACAUUGCUUUGGACUACGAACAAGAGCUAGAAACAUCAAAGACAAGCUCGGGUGUUGAAAAGACGUACGAGCUGCCCGAUGGGCAGGUGAUCACCAUUGGGGCCGAGAGGUUCCGCUGCCCGGAGGUUCUGUUCCAGCCCUCCAUUAUUGGGAUGGAAGCUGCUGGCAUUCAUGAAACCACAUACAAUUCCAUCAUGAAGUGCGAUGUCGAUAUUAGAAAGGAUCUGUACGGAAAUAUCGUCCUCAGUGGUGGAACCACAAUGUUCCCUGGCAUUGCUGACCGGAUGAGUAAGGAGAUCACUGCACUGGCUCCAAGUAGCAUGAAGAUCAAGGUGGUUGCUCCACCUGAGAGGAAAUAUAGUGUGUGGAUUGGAGGGUCUAUUUUGGCCUCUCUUAGUACAUUCCAGCAGAUGUGGAUAGCAAAGGCGGAGUAUGAUGAGUCUGGGCCUUCAAUUGUUCACAGAAAAUGCUUCUAAACAACACAGUUUGCUCUUUUCCCCGUUCCCAUCCCCUUUCAAAGUUUUCAAUCACAUUAAACUUCAUAUAUGCAUCAUGUACGAGAGUUGAAUUGUUCUCCAUUUAAAAUAAAAGUUUCAAUUGUUUGUGUUUUUUUUUUAUAAUUAAAAAAGACUGGUGUUCUUG